CCUGCUGUGUGUCUCUAUCGCCCACAUUGUGUGUUUGCAAAACAGAAUGGGAAAAGCCGAUUGCAGCAGGCCCAGGAGGAUGCGGAGGAGGUGAAGGACAUCAUGCUGGACAAUUGGAACAAAGCGGAAGAGCGAUGUGCAAAACUGAGUGACCUGGAGGAGAGAGCUGAUGAGCUGCUAAGAAAGGGUAAAACUUUUGAAAAGACAACCAGAAAGCUGAACAAAAAGAAAUCCAACCAGGUGAAGGAAAAAACAAUAUGGAAGAAUAAGAAGGUGAAAAUAGUGUUAAUUGCAGUUGUGGUGGCCCUCAUCGUAGUCGGACUCAUCAUAUACUACAGCACAACAUAACACACGCUUGCCUGGAUAGGUGGAAAGUGACACCGUGGGACUGCACAACCUGAAUGUGGACUCAGAUAAAAAAAAUAA